AGAAGAUGUUUUGUUUUCCGGGACUUUCACGGUGACGUCGAGCACUGCGUCCUCGUCCAGGCGCUCAGAGGCAAAGGCGACAGCAGGAACAGACUUUAAUAGCCGAUGCUGGAAUGACUGCCGACCAAAAGUUCAUUCCUUUCUAAGCCCCCCCGCUUCAGCUUCUAGUUCUCAGUCUCACCACAACAACAUG